AUGUCUAAGCUUGCUGGAAACGUGCGCGCCUCCAUCAAGACCCUCCUCCACGAGUCUUCCCUCGAGGGCCAGAAGGCCGGCGAGGGCAAGAAGAGGAACUUCGUCGAGACCGUUGAGCUUCAGGCACGUAUCAGCGUCGUCGUCGGCGACAGCGAGCUCGAAAGGGAGGACUUUUCGCAGCGUGACAAGCGUUUCUCGGGUACCGUCAAGCUCCCCCACGUUCCCCGUCCCCGCAUGCAGCUCUGCAUUCUCGCCGACGCCAUGGACGUUGACCGUGCCAAGCAGCUCGACGAGGAGCUCGCCUUCAUGACUGUUGAGGACCUUAAGAAGCUCAACAAGAACAAGAAGCUCGUCAAGAAGCUCGCCGCCAAGUACGACGCUUUCCUUGCCUCGGAGGCCCUCAUCAAGCAGAUCCCCCGUCUCCUCGGUCCCGGUCUCUCCAAGGCCGGCAAGUUCCCCUCGCCCGUCUCGCACUCCGAGGACCUUGCCCGCAAGGUCAACGAGGUUCGCUCGACCAUCAAGUUCCAGCUCAAGAAGGUUCUCUGCCUCGGUGUCGCCAUCGGCCACGUCGACAUGGAGGAGGACCAGAUCAUGCAGAACACCAUGCUUUCGAUCAACUUCCUCAUCUCGCUCCUCAAGAAGCAGUGGCAGAACGUUGGCUCGCUCCACAUCAAGACCACCAUGGGCAAGCCUCAGCGCCUCUUCUAA